AUGAACCAUAUGCCGCUAUCGAUAAUCCGAGAAAACAACGUCCAGGCCCGUAAAUAUCAGAAAGCUAUGAAAAUCGAACAAUUCGACGGGACCAUCUCAGAGGUUAACCACUUCGUGGACCUCCCUGUCAAAAUACAAGGCUGGCAAGGGACGAUCCGUUUCGAGCUGGUGCAAGGACUAUCUGAGGAUAUGGUGUUAGGGAACCUCUGGAUGGCCCAACACCAAGUGGAGUUCGACUGGAAUAAGAAAACAAUAAACAUUCCGCCACGAGGCGACCUGAGCGUUCGCCUCAUCUCGGCGAAGAAGUUCCGAAGGAUAUUACGAACGGAGGGGACCGGUAACAUGGGAGUCCUGACCAGGGAACCGGUAGACCCUCAACGACCGAGAGACAGUUACGUCUUGAAGGCGUUCAAGGCGAGAAGUCCGAAGAAUCCGAAUGUCGUGGACAAUCGGGGACUGUCUACGACACACAACAAAGGCGCUCAACACAUACCGCGGGAGUUUCAUGAAUUCCUCGAGGUAUUCGACGAGGAGGCCGCGAAUCGACUACCGGAACGAAGGCCCUUCGACCACCAGAUCCCGCUCUACGAAGGCGAGAUGCCACCGUUCGGAACGAUUUACGGACUAUCCAAGUUAGAACUCGAUGCGCUCAAGGAGAAUAUAGACGAGAACCUCGCGAAGGGGUUCAUACGACCGUCGCAAUCCCCUGCGGCGGCCCCGAUCCUGUUCGUAAAAAAGAAGGAUGGGUCGCUUCGGUUGUGCGUUGACUAUCGAGGCCUCAACAAGGUCACGAUUAAGAACCGCAAUCCCCUGCCUCUGAUAUUGGAGAUGUUGGAUCGACUCAGUACGGCGAAGUACUACACGACCAUCGAUUUGAGGAACGCGUACUAUCAAGUGCGCAUAGCAGAGGGAGACGAGUGGAAAACGGCCUUCAGGACAAAAUACGGCCUCUUCGAGUACUUGGUGAUGCCUUUUGGCCUUACCAACGCUCCCUCCACCUUUCAACACCUCAUCAAUCACGUCUUUCACGAUAUGCUCGACAAGUUUGUGAUCGCCUACCUCGACGACAUUCUCAUCUUUAGUGAUACCAAGGAAGAGCACGAGAAACAUGUCAAACAAGUCCUGGCGAGGCUAAAGGAGAACAAACUCUACGCCAAAGCCGAAAAAUGCGACUUCUACGCUGAAGAAAUCGAGUUUCUAGGCUACCUCGUGUCAAACAAAGGUAUACGGAUGGACCCCGCCAAGGUUAAGAGUGUGAUAGAAUGGCCGAGGCCACGAAAUAUCAAGGAAAUACGAGGAUUCCUGGGCUUUGCCAACUUCUAUCGUCACUUCAUUAAAAACUACUCGAAGCUGGUGGGUCCUCUCACGGACCUCACGAAGACAACGAGGAAGUACGAAUGGAGCGACCGGGCGGAAGCCGCCUUCAUCGCUAUAAAGGACGCUUUCGCGGAGGGAGACAUCAUCCACCACUUCGACCCGAGGGCACCCAUAACCAUCGAAACGGACGCCUCCGACUUUGCUAUCGGGGCCAUCCUGUCUCAACUAUUCGAUGGCAAGCUGAAGCCUAUUGCGUUCUUCUCGAGGAAGCUAAAUCCCGCCGAGAUGAACUACGAAAUACAUGAUAAAGAGCUAUUGGCGAUCGUCAGUGCCCUAAAAGCCUGGCGAAGGUACGUGGAGGGGACGGAAGAACCGGUGCGAAUCAUUACCGAUCAUCAACCUCUCACGUACUUCCAAACGAAGCGGAUGCUGUCAAGAAGACAAGCACGUUGGAACGAAAUCCUGUCGGAAGUCAAUUACAAGAUCGAAUACAGGUCGGGCAAGAAAUCAACCAAGCCCGAUGCCCUGUCUAGGCGCCCCGACUAUGAACCGACAGAGGAGGACAAACAACACAACUUCAGGCGUGUCGUCCCCUCGACCCAGGUCGUCCCCUCGACCCAGGUCGUCCCCUCGACCCAGGUCGUCCCCUCGACCCAGGUCGUCCCCUCGACCCAGGUCGUCCCCUCGACCCAGGUCGUCCCCUCGACCCAGGUCGUCCCCUCGACCCAGGUCGUCCCCUCGACCCAGGUCGUCCCCUCGACCCAGGUCGUCCCCUCGACCCAGGUCGUCCCCUCGACCCAGGUCGUCCCCUCGACCCAGGUCGUCCCCUCGACCCAGGUCGUCCCCUCGACCCAGGUCGUCCCCUCGACCCAGGUCGUCCCCUCGACCCAGGUCGUCCCCUCGACCCAGGUCGUCCCCUCGACCCAGGUCGUCCCCUCGACCCAGGUCGUCCCCUCGACCCAGGUCGUCCCCUCGACCCAGGUCGUCCCCUCGACCCAGGUCGUCCCCUCGACCCAGGUCGUCCCCUCGACCCAGGUCGUCCCCUCGACCCAGGUCGUCCCCUCGACCCAGGUCGUCCCCUCGACCCAGGUCGUCCCCUCGACCCAGGUCGUCCCCUCGACCCAGGUCGUCCCCUCGACCCAGGUCGUCCCCUCGACCCAGGUCGUCCCCUCGACCCAGGUCGUCCCCUCGACCCAGGUCGUCCCCUCGACCCAGGUCGUCCCCUCGACCCAGGUCGUCCCCUCGACCCAGGUCGUCCCCUCGACCCAGGUCGUCCCCUCGACCCAGGUCGUCCCCUCGACCCAGGUCGUCCCCUCGACCCAGGUCGUCCCCUCGACCCAGGUCGUCCCCUCGACCCAGGUCGUCCCCUCGACCCAGGUCGUCCCCUCGACCCAGGUCGUCCCCUCGACCCAGGUCGUCCCCUCGACCCAGGUCGUCCCCUCGACCCAGGUCGUCCCCUCGACCCAGGUCGUCCCCUCGACCCAGGUCGUCCCCUCGACCCAGGUCGUCCCCUCGACCCAGGUCGUCCCCUCGACCCAGGUCGUCCCCUCGACCCAGGUCGUCCCCUCGACCCAGGUCGUCCCCUCGACCCAGGUCGUCCCCUCGACCCAGGUCGUCCCCUCGACCCAGGUCGUCCCCUCGACCCAGGUCGUCCCCUCGACCCAGGUCGUCCCCUCGACCCAGGUCGUCCCCUCGACCCAGGUCGUCCCCUCGACCCAGGUCGUCCCCUCGACCCAGGUCGUCCCCUCGACCCAGGUCGUCCCCUCGACCCAGGUCGUCCCCUCGACCCAGGUCGUCCCCUCGACCCAGGUCGUCCCCUCGACCCAGGUCGUCCCCUCGACCCAGGUCGUCCCCUCGACCCAGGUCGUCCCCUCGACCCAGGUCGUCCCCUCGACCCAGGUCGUCCCCUCGACCCAGGUCGUCCCCUCGACCCAGGUCGUCCCCUCGACCCAGGUCGUCCCCUCGACCCAGGUCGUCCCCUCGACCCAGGUCGUCCCCUCGACCCAGGUCGUCCCCUCGACCCAGGUCGUCCCCUCGACCCAGGUCGUCCCCUCGACCCAGGUCGUCCCCUCGACCCAGGUCGUCCCCUCGACCCAGGUCGUCCCCUCGACCCAGGUCGUCCCCUCGACCCAGGUCGUCCCCUCGACCCAGGUCGUCCCCUCGACCCAGGUCGUCCCCUCGACCCAGGUCGUCCCCUCGACCCAGGUCGUCCCCUCGACCCAGGUCGUCCCCUCGACCCAGGUCGUCCCCUCGACCCAGGUCGUCCCCUCGACCCAGGUCGUCCCCUCGACCCAGGUCGUCCCCUCGACCCAGGUCGUCCCCUCGACCCAGGUCGUCCCCUCGACCCAGGUCGUCCCCUCGACCCAGGUCGUCCCCUCGACCCAGGUCGUCCCCUCGACCCAGGUCGUCCCCUCGACCCAGGUCGUCCCCUCGACCCAGGUCGUCCCCUCGACCCAGGUCGUCCCCUCGACCCAGGUCGUCCCCUCGACCCAGGUCGUCCCCUCGACCCAGGUCGUCCCCUCGACCCAGGUCGUCCCCUCGACCCAGGUCGUCCCCUCGACCCAGGUCGUCCCCUCGACCCAGGUCGUCCCCUCGACCCAGGUCGUCCCCUCGACCCAGGUCGUCCCCUCGACCCAGGUCGUCCCCUCGACCCAGGUCGUCCCCUCGACCCAGGUCGUCCCCUCGACCCAGGUCGUCCCCUCGACCCAGGUCGUCCCCUCGACCCAGGUCGUCCCCUCGACCCAGGUCGUCCCCUCGACCCAGGUCGUCCCCUCGACCCAGGUCGUCCCCUCGACCCAGGUCGUCCCCUCGACCCAGGUCGUCCCCUCGACCCAGGUCGUCCCCUCGACCCAGGUCGUCCCCUCGACCCAGGUCGUCCCCUCGACCCAGGUCGUCCCCUCGACCCAGGUCGUCCCCUCGACCCAGGUCGUCCCCUCGACCCAGGUCGUCCCCUCGACCCAGGUCGUCCCCUCGACCCAGGUCGUCCCCUCGACCCAGGUCGUCCCCUCGACCCAGGUCGUCCCCUCGACCCAGGUCGUCCCCUCGACCCAGGUCGUCCCCUCGACCCAGGUCGUCCCCUCGACCCAGGUCGUCCCCUCGACCCAGGUCGUCCCCUCGACCCAGGUCGUCCCCUCGACCCAGGUCGUCCCCUCGACCCAGGUCGUCCCCUCGACCCAGGUCGUCCCCUCGACCCAGGUCGUCCCCUCGACCCAGGUCGUCCCCUCGACCCAGGUCGUCCCCUCGACCCAGGUCGUCCCCUCGACCCAGGUCGUCCCCUCGACCCAGGUCGUCCCCUCGACCCAGGUCGUCCCCUCGACCCAGGUCGUCCCCUCGACCCAGGUCGUCCCCUCGACCCAGGUCGUCCCCUCGACCCAGGUCGUCCCCUCGACCCAGGUCGUCCCCUCGACCCAGGUCGUCCCCUCGACCCAGGUCGUCCCCUCGACCCAGGUCGUCCCCUCGACCCAGGUCGUCCCCUCGACCCAGGUCGUCCCCUCGACCCAGGUCGUCCCCUCGACCCAGGUCGUCCCCUCGACCCAGGUCGUCCCCUCGACCCAGGUCGUCCCCUCGACCCAGGUCGUCCCCUCGACCCAGGUCGUCCCCUCGACCCAGGUCGUCCCCUCGACCCAGGUCGUCCCCUCGACCCAGGUCGUCCCCUCGACCCAGGUCGUCCCCUCGACCCAGGUCGUCCCCUCGACCCAGGUCGUCCCCUCGACCCAGGUCGUCCCCUCGACCCAGGUUGUGCCCUCAACACAGGUCGUCCCCUCGACCCAGGUCGUCCCCUCGACCCAGGUCGUCCCCUCGACCCAGGUCGUCCCCUCGACCCAGGUCGUCCCCUCGACCCAGGUCGUCCCCUCGACCCAAGUCGUGCCCUUGACCCUGGGAAUCUCAUUGCAGCUGGGCUUGCAUGCAACACACUGGUUCUAUUUGAGCCAUUCUCUGACCAUGAAUCCAUUUGUUUCAGCUGGCAUGACCUGGUCGCCAUAUCACGACCUGGUCGCCAUAGCACGACCUGGUCGCCAUAGCAUGACCUGGUCGCCAUAG